AUGCAGUUACAAAUUUUUGCAAGCAUUGUUCUAUUGGCCCUCUUCCACUUCUCAUACUUGGAUGCACAUCCAUAUGGUGACAAAAUCCAGCUUCUAGAUCGCAAAUUCAGAACUCGAGUUGCACAACAAGAUUCUGCUUUUACAUUCAGUGCUGCUCAAGAUGGUGUUGAAUUAGGAUGCUGGGGAUACAUCAAGGAUGGUCGUCCAUUCAAAAUGUACUAUGUCUAUGACAUGAAAGACUACCGCUUCAUCACAACAACAAUGAGAUUCCAAGUUCAUCCACCAAAUGGCAAGAAACGCUUUGCUAUCUUGACACCAAAAGGAAAAGCCGACAAAGAAAAGACGACAAGUGACGUCCUCAGGUAUCCCGAUGAGUGUCUCUAA